AUGUCAUUGUCAGAAGAAGUAUUAGAAUAUUCAACUUUUAAGAGAAUGAAAGAUGACCUUUUGGAAGAUCAUUCUAAGUCUGCUAUGAAGCUUUUCCAGUCUGAAUUUUUGAUAACUUUUGAGGCUGUACGGCCUACCAAUUGUAAUCUGGCGAAUUUUCUUGCUUCAGAAGAAGUUUUGGUGCCCGAUGAAAAUCUUCCUGGAUAUUUCAAUCUAUCAUCACCUUUAGUGCGUUGGCUUCUCUUACAACAAAUAAUUCCAAAAUUGUUUUCAACCUCGCCUCAAGCGGAAGUCUCCUAUAAUCCUUUCACAGGUACCUUAGACAUCCUUAAGGCCUUGAAACAAGUUGUCUGUGUAUUUGAUAAAGAAAUAAUAAAGUCCUGCAACUCUUUUAAAUUAGCACGUGUGCUGGUCAAUAAUGCAAAUAAUCGAGAAGUUCCUAGAGAAUCAGUGUAUGAUGCGGAACUUUACCGGAUCAUGUCAAACUGGCUUGGUAGAUUUACAGUAAUGGGACAGUGGCAUCUAAAAUAUCGUGCAAGUGGGCACAUCAAUAAUAAAUAUGUCGACAUAGUCAUCGCACGAUCUGAUCAUCCAACCAUUGCGUUCAAACUUUUAGCUUCAGCUACAAAAAAAGAGCUCAAAGAACAUUAUAAACGGGCGCUUAUAUACGACAAGAAAUUAUCUGCAAACGAAACAUGGGUGGUUCAUUUCACCUGCGAAGAAAACGCCAUUUCAGUACCUUGCUAG